AAAUUAUUACAAUGGAUUUACAAACAUCCGUUAUUCAAAUAGCAUCAUCGUCGCACCGGAUAUUAGUUACAUAAAAUGUAUGGGCGUCAAUUUCUAUGAUGUAUAUUUUCAGCUAAGAUCAGUAACUGUUAACGAAAUUGUGUUUUAAGGAUCAUACUAUUAUUCGUCUAAAACAUUAAACAUAUUGAUUAUCGCUUUAACGGAAGUACACUUGUUUAUCUUUCUUAACGAUGUUUGAUUUGUUGUUUAUCAUGCAGUUAUCGAGAUAUACCAACGUAUGGCAAUGGGUAUAUAUUUAACUAAAUUUUGAGUGGUUUGAUUUUAAAUCAUGUAAGUUAAGGUAUAAUUCAAUCAGUAUAUAACGCUGCAAACGAAAUAUUCGAACUAAUUAUGUAAUACUUCCCGUUUGAUUAUAUGUGACAGUUAAUGACACAAACACACACAGUGUAUUUAAAACAAUAACUGAGAAUUUUCAGUUUUAUUUUUGUUUACGAAACUGUCAUUACAAUGCAUAUAAUAUGGAGCAUUUGGUUUGUUCUUCAUGUUAUAUUCAUCUGCACAUUUAUUGCUCAAAUAAAUUGUGACUGUUCUGAUGGGAAAGGCAGAUGUGAAUGGAUACCGUGGAAAAGUUGGAAUUCAUGUAGCACAUCUUGCGGCGGAGGUCGUCAAUCACGAUUUAGGGACUUAUGUUGUGCCACAGAUUGGAGCUACGACGAAUGCAUUAAUAAGUGCGGUCUUGUAGACCACAGUAGAGAAUAUAGAGAUUGUAACAAUUUGUGCUACAAUGGUGGAUCGUUUUGGAGCUCGCGCUGUAUAUGUCAGGACAUAAAUUAUGGAUCAUGUUGUCUGUCAGUUUGUCCAACUAUCAACCAGUGUAACAACAGGAGCUGCUCUAAUCCGUACAACACUAUGUGUAAAGAAUGUCAUGAAGAUAACCUGUUAUUUAAGAGAUGGAACGGCGAUGCAGAAUGCCAACGCAUGUGUGCGUGGAAUAAUCAUUUUUGCUGGCCCGGAACAUGUGGAAGUUAUGGCCUGACUAAAGACUGCAAGUGUGAUCAUGGGUUUCUUAAAAGAUUGAUCGAAGACGACAGUGCAAUUAAUGCUGGAGAAACAACAUGUCAGCCAAAUACGAAUCCUGAUAUUUCAACUUGUGAUAUGAAAGCCAUUGGUUUGAAUGGUGAAACGAAAAGUACUACGAGUCUGAACCUUCCAGCCGCAUGUCAAAACCUUAAAGAUGUUUACGGUAAUUACCAGCCAGUCAGAAUGGACUUUGUGAUGGUUUCAGAUUUCAUAGUUUCCUAUAACUCAACCAGACCAUCAUUUAUUCGAGAGGAACAUUUUGGUAUCACUGAUACGACAGUGAACGUGAAAAUAAAAACAGUGCAAGACUGUGUUUAGAAUUUGAAGCAAAAGGCGGUGGAUAUUUGAAAAGCAUUGAUACAGGGUCCUCAACUUCAGGAACAGUUCCGUACACAAAAGUCGUGAAGCAAAGGGCGGUUUGUUACCGAUAUGAUAAUGCACCACC